AUGGAGCGACUGGAGGUCAUACAGCAGACUUCUCCAUUUGAGGAGAAGGUCACAAUGAAUGGAAUACCAAAGAAUAUACGUGUAGUUAUAAAGAACAGUCCUUUUAAUGUGCAGUUAAAGUUGAAGAAACAUGAUGUCGACUUGAAUAACGUGGCCUUUGAGGCAACGUUGCUAUAUGACAAUGAUGAAGAGCCGCUCGAGGAGAAGGAGGUCGACUUUGUAAAGAACAAACCAGUGGAAUACAAGGCCACACCCAACGACACGGGCGACACGGUCACGUGCGAGGUGCGCAUCAAGGUGCUGACGUCACAACACGAGGACAUGUUCUUCCGCGUCAAGAUCGCGGGCCACGAGCCCGUGUCCAAGCAGAUCAUCCCCAAUCUCUUUGCGAUCACUCAUCCCAUCAAGGUCAUCUCCAAGCCCGAGCAGCUCAAGAAGAAGCAGCCGCAGAAGAAACGCUCGUGGAACGACAUCCUGCUGGACUCGGUCGCCAAGAUUCAGAUGCAGCAGUCCGAGCAGCAGCGUCUCAUCGAGAAGCUCAUCGACCACAACUUCAAACAGACGAUGGUGGCCCACUCCAUGCUGUCCACCAACGGCGGCAUGUCCGCCACCAACUUCCCAGCACUCACACUCAACGGCCACACUACCAGCACAUCGACCACCACCACAACCACACUGACAGCGCCCAAUGGCAACAACCUGACGCUGCAACAAAAGAUGGAGUUUGAGGAUGCUUUCAAGCAGAUGAUGUCCGCCUACAUACACCUGGAUCCUCGCCAGCGCGCCGAAAAGGUCAGACGAGUCUUUAGGAAUGCCUCCUCGCGCGACUCUGAGACGCUGUCCGAGCUGCUAGAUCUCUUCAUCACAGAGGGCGUCGGCGGCCCACUCGGCAGCAUGGCCCCUUUGCCGCUGAGUCCGAACCCUCCCUCGUCCGGCAUGCCCAUCGGCACGCAACCCCAGAUCAUGGUCGGAACGCCUCCCGGUAGCAACCCCUUUGGAGGACAUUCCACCUUGAUGGUUAACGAUCGCAACCAAGGCGAACCAUAUCCCCUCUUCACAUCAUUACCAACUUCAUUCGACGAGUAUACAUCCUUCAACAAUGGCACAGACUUUAUCCCCUUCUAG